AUGAAUUAUAAAUCAUUGCUAUCAAUUGUAUUAUUGAUUGGUUGCUUUCUAAUAGAUAACAGUUAUUCACAAUAUACAAACGAUACAUGCACUAGAUAUACUUCGAGUUCCGGUGUAGUCACAGUCAAUGCAGACUCUACACAGUAUUGUUGGAAGAUCAUGCCGGAUAUCGGUGUUGGCUACUAUCCAACUGAGAUCUACGUGACUUUCCAACAGGUGUCGGGUUUGAUUGCCGAGAAUAAUACGAUGUUUGUUAUAGCAGGUGAGUUGAUGACCGACGAGGAAUUGGCUCACUACAUCACCGAUUCUAGCACUCCACAGCCAAUGUUGACAAGCAAAGCAGGUCAAGUUCUUAUCUAUGUGGAAUACGAGGCACCCGUUAACUUCACAUUCGAAUAUAGCAUCAGCAGCGAAAAGAGUUUGAAAGCAUCGAUUCUCAUGUUGGUCAGUGUUGUAUUUGCUUUUGCAAUUCCGACCUUCUUUGUAUCAUGUAUCACCUGUUGUACAGGUAAAAAAGAUAAAAAGAAACUAAAGAGCAGACAAACAUGUACAUUCUGGUUCAGCGCAAUCCUAGGUUUAGUAAUUUUAGCUAUUGUAUUAUCACGUAAAGUCAUUCAUUAA